AUGUCACAGAGGAAUAGCGACGAACCUGUUCGCCUCCUCUCACAAGGAGAGAACGAUGACUCCAAGCGUUCGAGCCAGGAAGACGUCGAAGCCAGUGCAGGACGUUCAGAGACAUCGCGGGACCAGAACUUGGAUCACGAAUACUCAAUUCCCAGCACAAUCAAGUUUACAUGGCUGGGGACGUACUUCUUCUUUUCUUUGCUUCUGACUCUCUAUAACAAGCUAGUGUUGGGCAUGUUCCAUUUCCCAUGGCUACUUACAUGUCUCCACGCCUCCUUUGCCAGCAUGGGAACCUAUGCCAUGUUGCAGCUGGGCUAUUUCAAACUAUCGCGCCUGGGACGCCGCGAAAACUUAGCUCUCGUCGCUUUUAGCGCAUUAUUUACCGCCAACAUUGCCGUGUCCAACUUGUCUCUCGCUAUGGUAUCCGUUCCGUUUUACCAAACAAUGCGCAUGCUGUGCCCCAUCUUCACCAUCCUCAUUUAUCGCACCUGGUAUGGUCGUACUUAUAGCUACAUGACGUACCUUUCUCUCGUACCGUUAAUCAUUGGCGCCGCCAUGACAACGGCCGGCGAGAUGACAUUCACCGAUGCCGGCUUCCUCCUGACCAUAUUGGGAGUGAUUUUGGCUGCUGUCAAGACCGUUGUGACGAACCGAUUCAUGACUGGCUCCUUGGCAUUGCCUCCGGUAGAAUUUCUCAUGCGUAUGUCACCCUUGGCUGCAUUGCAAGCCCUGGCGUGUGCUACUGCGACAGGAGAAGUUGGUGGCUUCCGAGAACUUGUAACCUCUGGAGAUAUUUCUCUACCGACCUCGAUCGCAUCGCUAACAGGAAAUGGUUUCCUUGCAUUCCUCCUCAACAUUUCCUCAUUCAAUACCAACAAGCUUGCCGGUGCUCUGACAAUGACGGUGUGCGGCAACCUGAAGCAGUGUCUUACCGUCUUGAUUGGAAUCUUUCUCUUUAAUGUCAGCGUCGAUCUGCUGAAUGGGGCAGGCAUGGCUGUCACAAUGGUUGGCGCUGGCAUCUACAGCAAGGCCGAACUGGACAAUAAGAAGAGGAAGCAACAACCGCAAUAUAUACCUGUCGGCCAAAAUCCCAGGUAG